AUGACUACCCACCUCGCCGCCGUCUCCCCAGCCAAAGGCCACCCCUUUGAGCUCCAAACCCGACCCACCCCAAAACCAGGACCAGGCGAACUCCUCAUCGCUGUCAAAUCCAUAGCCCUCAACCCAGCAGACACUCAUAUGCGUGGCAGCGGACUCUUCAUACCUCAAUAUCCCACGGUAAUCGGCUUUGACUUUGCAGGUUUAGUCCUCGAGGUUGGUGACGACGUCCCGCCUUCUUUCAAACCGGGCAUCACCCGCAUAGCAGCCUACGCCGCCUCUGCCUGGAAGUCCUGUGAUCCGGACUAUGGUCCGUUUCAGGAGCAGUGUCUUGUCCCAUGGCAGCAUGCUGUGGCACUUCCACUUCCGGAUGAGGGCGUGUCAUUGUCCUGGAACCAGGCGGCGACUUUGCCUGUUGCCGUUCAGGUGCCGCUUAGCGCGUGGGAUGCGAUGGGGAUUCCACGGAUGAGAGACGCCGAUACCAACGGAGAGGAGCAAAAUAGCGGCAAUAAUAAAGGAAAGAAAGGAGAAGCCCUCCUCAUCUGGGGCGCCUCCUCUAGCGUCGGUACUAUGGGUGUUCAAACAGCACGGCUGCUGCGUGAUGAUCCAAACUCAUCUUUUGCGGCUGUGUACGCUACAUCUGGGGAAGUGAAUAGGAGAUAUGUUGGUUCGCUAGGUGCAGACCGUGUGUUUGACUACAAGGACUCAAACGUUGUGGAUGCGGUCGUCUCAGCAGCCAAGGAGGAUGGGUUAGUGAUCCGGUAUUGUUUCCUUGCAACCGGGCAGCUGGCGCCGUGCCAGGCUAUACUAAAGGCAUUCGUCGGUAAAGAAGGGGAGGAAGGAGGGAAGAUUGCGUCGGCGCCUGUGGUACCCCCGGAUGCGGAGAUUGUGGAAGGGGUGCAGACGAUUUUUGUGAUGCCGUCUAUGGCAGAAGAGGAGAGGCUGGAGCAGUUCCGGUACUGGAUCGGGACAUGGCUGAGGGAGAACUUGGUCAAGAAGUCUAUCAGGCCGAGUCCGGAGCCGACGGUCGUGGGACGGGGUUUGGACGCUAUUAAUACUGGGUUGGAUCAGCUGCUCCGUGGGGUGAGCUGUACGAAGUUGGUUAUUGAGGUUGCGGAGUGA